AUGAUUUGCCGAAUUCAUGCUCAGAAGGUUGCGGCAUCCGAUACUAAUGCAGAUGGCACAGUAGGGACAGAUCUCUUAGAUUGCUUAUGUACAAAAAACGAUUUGCCGAAUUCAUGCUCAGAAGGUGCCUUUAGAGCGGCAUCCGAUACUAAUGCAGAUGGCACAGUAGGGACAGAUCUCUUAGAUUGCUUCUGUACAGCGCUCACGGAAAACGAUUUGCCGAAUUCAUGCUCAGAAGGUGCCUUUAGAGCGGCAUCCGAUACUAAUGCAGAUGGCACAGUAGGCACAGAUCUCUUAGAUUGCUUCUGUACAGCGCUCACGGAAAACGAUUUGCCGAAUUCAUGCUCAGAAGGUGCCUUUAGAGCGGCAUCCGAUACUAAUGCAGAUGGCACAGUAGGGACAGAUCUAUUAGAUUGCUUAUGUACAACACUCACGGAAAACGAUUUGCCGAAUUCAUGCUCAGAAGGUGCCUUUAGAGCGGCAUCCGAUACUAAUGCAGAUGGCACAGUAGGGACAGAUCUAUUAGAUUGCUUAUGUACAACACUCACGGAAAACGAUUUGCCGAAUUCAUGCUCAGAAGGUGCCUUUAAGAGCGGCAUCCGAUACUAA